AUGGUCAUUGGCAACGUCGACACCUCGCUCCCCUCCGAGGCGACGGGGCCGGCCGCCCAGCUCGCGAGGCGCCACGAUGACGAGCAUGCUCUGAAGCUUUACGGCGCAUGGUUCUGUCCCUUUGUCCAGCGAGUCUGGAUCACGCUUUGCGAAAAGAAGAUUGGCCAUCAAUACGUCGAGAUUAACCCGUACCGCAAGGAGCCCGCCUUUCUUGCCUUGAACCCCCGCGGGCUCGUGCCAACCCUCGCCCUGCCCAGCGGCGGCGCAGGCAACGAGCAGCGGAAGCCGCUUGCAGAGAGCGCCAUCAUCUGCGAGUAUCUGGAAGAGGCCUAUUCGGACGAGUCCAAGCAUGGGCCUGCUCUUCUGCCGGCCGAUGCUUAUGAGCGAGCAAGGGCCCGCUUCUGGAUGCAUCAUAUCAAUACGAGGAUAAUCCCGAGCUUCUACAGGGUCCUGCAGCACACGCCGGAAAAGCCGUACACCAUGGACGAAGCCCGGACCGAGCUCUUGGGCCAUAUACAGCUCCUCACUGAGGAGAUGGACCCAGCUGGACCCUGGUUCCUUGGUGACGGCAUCAGUCUCGUCGACGUCAGUCUCGCCCCAUGGGCAAAGCGACUGUGGCUGAUUGAUCACUACAAGCCCGGAGGACUUGGCAUGCCAAAAGAGAAGGGGGGGCUCUGGGAAAGAUGGGCCACCUGGAUGGAGGCAUUGGACGAGCGACGGAGCGUGUCGGAAACCUGUAGCGACGACGAGAGCUACAAACUGGCGUACAAGCGCUCUCGACGGCGCAUCGAACUCGGAACAAACGCAAGCUCACUCUGCCAUUCCACCACCACCGCGACAAAGACUGCCGGUAAUCAGCACGACAUGUCCGACAAGGCGGCCUCGCGUUUCGCGCCGCAGAACAAGUCGACGCACGAGCGGCUGUCGACAAACACGGUCGGCCUUGUCGCCCUCUCCGAUUUUCGCAAGCGGCGCGCCGAGGUUCUCGAGCAGCAGGAACGUGAGGCACACGAGGCAGCAUUCUCCGGAACGUCGACGCCGGAUCGGUCCAACACGGCGACGCCCGACAACGGCAGCGACUCGCCCUUUGCCCUGCCACUCGGCGACAAGAAGAAGACGAAGAAGAAGCGGGCGAAGAAGCUGCUCUCGUUUGACGACGACGACGGCGGCGACGGCGACGGCGACGGCGACGGCGACAAAGCUGACGCGGGCACCAUCUCAAGCCCGGCGGCAGCAAAGGAAUCGGCAGCAGCCGAUGGCGACGCGCCGAGGGCGAGAAUCAGGCCCAACGCGGCCGCGGGCAUGGUUCCCAAGGCAGUCAUGAAGUCGGCCCUGCGCAGAGAGGCGGCCGAGCGGGAGGCCCUGCGACGCGAGUUUGCGCAGGUGCAAGAAACCGUCAAGGCGGCCGAGGUGGCGAUUCCCUUUGUCUUUUACGACGGCGCCAACACGCCCGGAGGAGUGGUCCGGAUGAAAAAGGGCGACUUUGUCUGGGUCUUCCUCGACAAGAGCCGCAAGGUCGGCGCCGAACUGGGCGUCGGGGACCAAGCCAACGCGAAGCGUUCCUGGGCGAGGGUCGGCGUCGACGACCUCAUGCUCGUACGAGACACCGUCGUCAUCCCUCAUCACUAUGACUUUUAUUUCUUCAUCAUGAACAAGAGCGUCGGGCCUGGCGGUCGUCGCCUGUUCGACUACAGCGACGAGCCGCCGGCGAACGCCGCCCCAUGCGCCACUGGUAUGGAAACGGACCGGCUCAUCACGCCUGCGUCGAAAGCAGCCGCAGCGGCGUUGCUUCCAGCCGUCAGCAGCCUCGAGGGUGCCGGCGACGACCCGUCGGUGACCAAGGUGGUCGACCGCAGGUGGUACGAGAGGAACAAGCACAUCUACCCGGCCAGCACGUGGCAAGAGUUUGAUCCCGAGAAGGACUAUUCCAGCGAGAUUCGCAAGGACACUGGCGGCAACACGUUUUUCUUUUCGAAGCGACGCGUCCUCUACUCUCUCAUGGCUGCCAAAGGCCCACGGAGCAGGGCCGAUACGCAGGCGCCCAGGCCAGAAGAGCAGGAGGAGAAUGGUGUCUCCGGAGCCGAGGAAGAAGGUUACGACCUCAUCCCGUAG